CGUGGUUCAGCAGGACAAGGGACACGCGCGCGCGCGCACACAAACACCGGAAGAGGAGCGUGCUCGUGUGGGAGGAGAAACAUGGCGAAGUGAAAGAAACAGGCAGGAGCGGAAAGAGAGAGAGACUGGGUCUUGUGGUCAUGGGUAACGCCAGCAGUGAGAGGAGUGCUAAUGCCCAGCGGCGGGAGAGCCGUGGAGCUAAAGAUGGAGCUCGACCCAAAAUACUGAUGGACAGCACUGAAGAUGGAGAUAUCUUUCAAGCAGAUGAUGCCAAGGAGUUUCUGGCCUGGCAGCGUGAUCUGGAGUCAGACUCUAAAGCCCCACCUGAAGAGAGACCCACUGUGUUUAGGUGGACAGGCCCAGCUAAGGACGUCUAUGUGUCGGGAUCCUUCAACAACUGGGCCAAUAAAAUCCCCCUGUCCAAGAGUCACAGUAACUUUGUGGCGGUAGUUGAUCUGCCUGAGGGUGAGCACCAGUACAAGUUCUAUGUGGAUGGAAACUGGACACUGGAUCCAAAGCAGCCUGUAGUGACCAGCAAAUCUGGUACAGUAAAUAACAUCAUCCAGGUGAAGAAGACAGACUUUGAGGUUUUCGAUGCCCUGAAGACAGAUUCAGAGAAAUGUGCUGACAUGUCAGACAUGUCCGGUUCUCCUCCUGGACCGUACCAUCAGGAGCCCUACAGCACUAAAUCUGAAGAUCGACUGCGUUCUCCUCCUAUUCUCCCGCCUCACCUGCUGCAGGUGCUGCUCAAUAAAGACACCGGUGUCUCUUGUGAUCCAGCUCUGCUUCCCGAACCCAACCAUGUAAUGCUGAACCACCUGUACGCUCUCUCUAUCAAGGAUGGUGUUAUGGUCCUCAGCGCCACUCACCGCUACAAGAAGAAGUACGUGACUACACUGCUGUAUAAACCCAUAUGAGCAAUCAGCUGGGAAAAGCUCACCUGGAUCUCAGCUCGCUUUAUCAACACUAUUUAAACAGAAAAGAGUAUUAUUAAGAUAAUGAGCCUUAAAAAGCAUCAGAAACUCAAGUGCUGAUAUAUCAUCACUGUAAUGUCCAAACCUUACCCACUCCAUAUCUGAAACCACCAGCUGCCUUUCACAUUUCAUGAAGAACAGACCAAUAGAAAAAAGGACCAAAAUUACUUGUCCCUACUUUAAAAAGCAUUUUUUGUUUUUCUAACAAAAUAUACCAUUUUAAGAUACUGUCACAACAGUGAUUGUAUCUGUGUGGGUGCUCACAACAGCAUCUAUAUAUGCAGGGGUCCAAUAAACUAUGACUGUAUUUAGAUUUUUUGAUUUUAAUAAUGAAGUAAGCCUGUAAAGAGAACCGUCUGACCUGGUAAUGCUUUUUAAACUCAACUAUUUUUAGACUGUGAGAUUUUUCCAGUCAUGACCAGUGUGUGCUGUUGAUAUUGUUAUCUGUGUUACCUUUUUCAUGCAUUUUAUCACUUCUUAUCAGAGAAUACACAUGGAAUGAUUUAUAAAUAAAAAAUAUAUAUAAAAUUAGAAA